AUGCCUUGUCACAUUUCAAGCACGGUAGGCAAGCUCUACAAAUCCGUGGGGUUCUUCCACCGGCAGUGCUGCUCCUGGCUGCAGCGCAGCAGCAGCUGCAGCAGGAACGACAAAAGUGCGGCUGCGAAGGCAGCCCUAGCUGCAGCAGCUGCCAGCUGCAGCAGCUGCAGCACGAACGACAAAGCUACGGCUGCAGCAGCAGCUCUACCUGCAGCAGUUGCAGCAGGAACAACAAAAGUGUGGCUGCAAGAGCAGCUCUAG